AUGUAUGGAGCAGGAUUUAUCUGUCCACAGAUACUGGUUUUGUCUUGUCAAAAUCUGCUCUGUAGUGUUGGUUACUACAGAGUCAUCCUCAUGACCUUCUAUUUGGAAGCUGGGAUGGGGAUGGUCAUGUUUGCCCUCGGACCUCAGCAUUACUAUUUACUUGCUCUAUUUCUGACGGCUAACUUGAUCUUAAUUCAGGCAGCGUUUAGUCUCUUUGGUUUGCCGUUGGCUGACAUAAUUGAUUCUGACCUUACCAAAUACAAGCGCAGUUGUCCAUUGUCCUCCAUGGUGUUUGGGACCAACGCCUUGUUUACUAAACCAUCUCAGUCUCUGGCCCCAAUGAUAGUGCUUACAAUCCUCAACCAGUUUGGAUAUGAACAGCUCAAAGAAGCAUCCAACGAAUCAAAGCAAAGUGACCUGGAAAACCUACACAACGUCAUGUUCUCUCUGGUCUGCCUUGUUCCUCUGGCAAUCGCAGUUCUUCAAAUUGUGUUCUUUAAACCUUUUUCUAUACGUGAAAGUCACACAGUUGACAUAAAGUACAUUGACAGCUGA